CAUAUUAUUUAUUCUCCAGCAUUUCAAAACGAAUAAAUAGUCAUUCGGUAUUCAAUUCUUUAUCAUUUUGAUAAUUAUUCGCAAUGAAAGUAAUUCUUAUUCUGAGUGUAGUGACACUUGCUCUGAUUCCCGCUUUGUACGCUGGAAAAGAAGAGUCAACGAGCGAACUGAUUUACAUACCAAAUAUUCAAAUUGAUGGCUACGAUAUUAAGGAAAUUGGAAAGCCGAUGAGCAAGGAAAUCUGGCGAGAAAGAUGUACUGGCAGAACAGGUUUUAGCAAGAACGUGCCAAAACCAAUUGGAAAAGCAACCCGCAAGGUCCUAGAUUUUGUUAAUCCUUUCAAAAGUGUUAAGAAUAGCGACAAUGUAGUCGACAAAAUAAACGAAGUAAUGGAAGAAUUUGAAUCCGUUUAUCAAACCGAUAAAGAUAAAUAUGUACAGGAGAAUUAUGAAAAUGCCAAAAACGUGAUUGCAACAAGUGUUGAUAAGUUGAGCAUGAUAUACUGUUUGACUCCUAGCGAUACGGUUCGAACACAGGUGUCCAAGAUUUGCGAUGAUCUGUACACAUGUAUGGAGAAAUUGGAAGGGAAGGUUUUUAGAAAACCAUGGUAUAAAAAAUCCGUUGCUACAGCUACCCUCUCAUUCUUCCUGAGACCAUAACAUACCAAUUUUAUCCACGCAUACAAUGCUUACACCGCCUUCAGCGCUAACAAAUUUGUGGUGUUAGUUUCAAGUAUUUCGAAUACCAAAAUGUAAAUUUUAUUUUUCAGUAAAAAUGUACACAGCUAAUGCCUAAAUCAGAAGUAAAGUGUUGGAUUAAA